AUGCCAUGCUGCUAUCCAGAGGUCCAACACAAGCCAGGACCCAAACUAGGUAUGAAGGUGUCCACCUCUGGACAGCACCGAUAUGAUCUUGACCUCGCUCAUGCCGUGCUGCUUACAGGGUCGCACUCAUCCAAGCACCGAAAACGCAUUUGUUGGCGUUUGGAAGAUCGUUUGCCUGACCACCAUCAGCAGGACAUCAGGGAGGCAGAAGAUGGCAACAGCAUUCGAAGGAACAAAGGACGUCAGAGACAAAAAUUAGCCCUGUACCGAGAUAAUACCAGCACAGCCUCGGAUGCUUCGAGCCCGGAGUCCACGACGGCACAAUCCUGGGUAUUCCAUCAUUUCCACGAGGAUCAAUCAUACAGCAUUUCGCCGCUCACAGAAUGUGACAAUGCGAUCCCGAGCGAGUCUCUGGCGGCGUAUGCGUGGCCUUCACAAGACAAUACCAGCCAUGUCUGCCGAACUCUUGGCGUUUCAAAAGAAAUGCUGUUUACACUAACAAGGACGUACUUUGAAAAAGUGACCUAUUUGUCUCUCUUUCACAGACCAACAUUCGAUGCGAUGGUCUAUAAUAAGAUCCAGCAGGGCACAUCUUCGGCUCUUCUUGCUGCAGUAUGUGCUAUCGCUGCACGUUAUGUGGAAGAUCAGCCAAGUCCGAGCCUCUCACUCAACUCACGACAUCCGGAUAUCACACAUACGCCGGAUCAUUUCUACAAGCUGGCUUGCGCACUUACAAAUGAGCAGCUGGACAAGUGCGGUGAUGGCAAGCCACCACUCGCGCUCCUUCAAGCUCUCAUUCUUAUAACGUUCUACGAGAUGGUUGUCAGUGGGAGAGGAAGAGCGUGGAGAUCCCUUGGCACCUGCGUCCGCGUCGCACACGAGAUAGAGCUGCAUUUGACAGACUCAUCGCUGCAAGGAAAGUCUCUCCAGGAGCAAAAGGCCUUGACAGAGUCGUGGUCGCGCAAAGAAGAACAACGAAGGGCCUGGUGGCUGCUAUGGGAGCUUGACGUCUUCGCUUCGACUGUUCGUAGACGCCCGGCGUGCAUACACGAUGGAGAACAUGCUGUUCUCCUCCCAGUGACUGAAAGAUCUUGGUUCGAAGGACACUAUCAACCAAGCUGUUUCCUGGACCCUGAUCCUCUUCAUCGAACUCGAAAGCUCCGCGAAUGUGCAAACUCCAAUGGGAAUGCUUGGUUUAUUGUCAUCAACUCACUAGUUCGCGAUGCACAUACCACGGCCAAUCCAACCUCGCAUUGCGAUCGCGGACUACCCGGGCGGGAUGUAUCCCCUUUGCUAGAUACGCCGUCUGGCAAUCCCGUGGAUGAGCGGAGACUCGCGGUUCUGGACGACUUUAUUUUGUACAACAAAACCAUGCUGCCGAAGGAGCUUGCAUAUCAAGGCGACUACUUGUCGUUCUCCAUCUCUGGCGACUCAUACAGCAAGCCCACAGCCAAGGAGGACUGUGACAAACAACUCAUCCAUGCCAUGACCCAUCUGGGCAGACUGAUGAUCCUGCAUCACUACUGCAUCAGAAACACCGGUCCCUCGGUUCUCAGAGGCAAGAAGCUUGUCGAGUAUCUGUCGCUCAGUGAGCCUUCGGUGACCCAGAAACUUCGAGCGAUCCUGGGCUUCUCGGACGAUCAGUCUGCCUGGGAGAGAUAUCUCGGGGCUGCCGAGGAGAUCAUGCGCGUGGUCCGAAACGCGUCGCCCAACCACAUUAGAUACGGCCAUCCGCUCCUCGCAUGCACUUUUUGGAUUUGCGCGGCCACUCAGUUGUUCAAAAAGGCCUUUGCCCAGGAUGAGGCCGAACGCGAGCUGGCACAGUCCAACUUCGACCUUCUGAGGCUCACCCUGGACCACAGCCACAAAUUCUGGAAGACGUCUGAAUUGAUGUUGAAAAACAUCGACACCCUGGCUUCACGGCUCGGCGAGCUUGGUGCGCGAUUGGCCGAUUCUCAAGGCAGUGCUGGUGGCCCAGAUGCUCUUGGACGUCUCGGCGAGGCUGAUUUUGCCAGCAGCGGCCUCGGCACAAGUUCUUUGAAUGACCUGAAUGGUGGUGCUGCAAAGGGGAGGGAUAGCACCUCUGCCGCGACCAAAGCUGGUCUCGGGACCACCAUGCUAAUGCCAAAUGACGUCGACUACACCCAGACCCAGCCCUGCGCAAGUCAAAUACCGUUCGACACCACCACAGUUUCGGCCGACAAACCCACCGAGAGGAGUGAACUUCAAGCCUUUAUGUAUGAUUUCUGCGGGGACAACUGGGACUUUUGGGGCAACGAUCUCGCCGACCUGUUUCCGAGUGGUUGCCCUCAGACAUAA